GACGACUCACAACAGUGUGGUGAAGGAAGACCCGCCCCAGACUCCGCCGGAACCCGUCACCCCGAAGCCGGAACCCAUGGAGGUGCCGGUGAGCCGGCCGCCGGAUCCUGUGCCGGAGGCGGCGCCGGAACCUGAGCCGGAGGUGGAGGAGUCGUCGUCGUCCUCGGAUUCUCCCAGCUCCCCCGAAGUGAAGAAGAAAGCCAAGGCCAAAGACCCCCGCAAACCGGACGGCCCCCGCCAGAGGAGCAACUGCUGGACCUGCGGCAUCUGCCACUCCUGGUUCCCCGAGAGGGACGAAUAUGUGGUGCAUAUGAAGAGGGAGCACGGCAAGUCUGUGAAGAAAUUUCCUUGCCGUCUCUGCGAUCGCUCUUUUUGCUCCGCCCCCAGUCUGCGCCGACACGUCCGGGUCAAUCAUGAAGGGAUAAAGCGGGUUUACCCGUGCCGGUACUGCACGGAGGGUAAACGGACUUUCAGCAGCCGCCUUAUUCUGGAGAAACACAUCCAAGUGCGUCACGGCAUCAAAAUCACCGACCAAACCCGGAGCCAGGAGGUGAUGGUGACCCGGAACGUCCGAUCCCAGGUGGCGCUGAGGAAGAGGAAGCUCUCGUCGGACGAUUCCGGCAGCGACGAACCGGAGAAGGCGAAGCCGGCGCCCCCGAAGCCGAAGCGCAGCUUCCAGUGCCGGGCCUGCGGGUACAAGACGGGCAGCCUGAGCGACUUCCGGCAGCACAUCCCCCAGCACUGCACGGACGAGAGCUCCCACCAGUGCCGGGAGUGCGGCGUGUGCUUCACCUCGCAGAGCUCGCUGAGCCGCCACCGCGUCAUGACCCACAAGAUGAAGGGGGCGGCGCCCCCGGAGGAGGGGGAGGAGCCGGACCCCCCCCAGAAGACGGCGGCGGAGGAGACCGCCGACGGCAAGCUGGCCUGCCAAGUCUGCAACAAGGUUUUCGACAGCCAGCUGAACCUCAACACCCACUUCCGCACGCACGGCAUGGCCUUCAUCAAACAGCGCCAGAGCGGCGCCGGCGACAACUGACCGCCUCCGGGCCAACCAAAAAAAAAAAACUCCUACCAAGUGCCUUUUUAAUAUCUCUCUCCUCUCCGCCAAUCAUGUAAGGCGUUGCCUCUGGGACCACCAGGGGCUGCGGCCCCUCUGACCCCCCACAACGCGGUGCCACUGCUGCAGAGAUACCACUGACUCCCCCCCUCCCCCCCCGGCUGCGGUGGUCUUGUAAAUAUGUAAAUUAUCUUUAUUAUAAAUGUCUAUUUUUCUGCACAGAA